CACGCGUCAAGAAUCCUUUCCCCAUGCGCCUCUUACGGGUCCAGGGUGAUGGCACUCUCGGCUUCGCCGAGUUCUUUGGUGACCUUUGGAGACUGGAUGGAGGGUACUGGUCUUACUAAGACUGGCUAUCACAAACUUGCUUUCUGCAAAAAGCAAGCUGCACCAGACAACCUCCAAUACUUCUGGGUGGAUAGCUGUUGUAUCGACAAACCUCAUAGUCCUGAGCUUUCUGAGGCUAUCAGCU